UUGGUGGUUCACUCCUGCCUCCCGGUGAUGUCGGACGUGCCUGGCUCUGCAGCCUGUACAGUGGAGGUAGCGAAGCGCUGACACCGGGCUGCACAUAGCCGGCUGAAGGAUCCGAUGAGAGUGCUGGUCCCGGCUCACGCGCCGGUGCUGGUCACGUGACCCGCCGAACAGCUGGCGCCGUAGCGCGGGAAAUCUAAUCCUAUUGGUGAGAGAAUGACCGGCUGAGACCUAAAAAAAAUAGAAUCCGGUGUCCGCCAUGAACGUGUUGAGGCUGCUAUGCCGCCACAAGACGGCGCUGGGCCUGGUGGUGCUGGCCCUCUUCGGCAUGGUGCUGGUGUACCUGGCCAAGUGUACCACAGAGAACAUGAAACCCGUGGGCCCCCGGGGUCUCCCCCACCAGCAACAUGCCAACCACCGCCUGCCCCUUCCUCAGGGGUUCGGCGAGCCGCCGCCUGAGGGGACGGCGGGGUUAGGGGAGGACGAGGCUGCGUCUCUGGAAAUGGAGCAACGCCGUCAUGGCGACCUCCUGCUGUUGCCCGAGCUGCGGGACUCGUACGACAACCUGACGGCCAAACUGCUGCUCAUGUACGUGUGGCUGGACCGCCACAUCGACUACAAGUUUGUGCUAAAGGCAGACGACGACACCUUCGCCCGGCUGGAUGUCUUGCUGGAGGAGCUAAGGGGCAAAGAGCCGCGCCGCCUCUAUUGGGGCUUCUUCUCCGGCCGGGGACGAGUGAAGGGCGCCGGGAAGUGGAAAGAGAGCUCCUGGGUCCUGUGCGACUAUUACCUGCCCUAUGCUUUGGGAGGGGGCUACGUGCUCUCCUGGGACCUGGUCCACUAUCUGAGAAUCGGCAAAGACUACCUAGCCCAGUGGCAAAGCGAGGACGUAUCCCUGGGCACCUGGCUGGCUCCGGUGGAUGUCAAGAGGGUUCACGACACCCGUUUCGACACCGAAUACAAGUCCAGAGGUUGCAAUAAUAAAUAUAUUGUCACCCACAAGCAGAGCAUCGAAGAUAUGUUGGAGAAGCACCAAACACUGGCCAAAGAUGGAAAGCUAUGCAAAGAGGAGGUGAAGCUGAGGUUAUCUUACAUCUAUGACUGGGGGGUGCCCCCGUCACAAUGCUGCCAGCGGAAAGAUGGCAUACCUUGACGGAUCACCAAGCUGACAAUGCCUGCUCUUGUCAAGGGCUGGAGAUGGGCCAAUGGGAAGUUGUAUAUGUUGCUUACUCUUGUAUUCGAGACUUUGGCUGAUGACUGAAAACCAAAGUUCAUCAUCGGCUUUAGUUCCCCUUCCUUUUGAUGCCAGAGGGAAAGAUGACACCCUGAGAAUUGGUGUGAUGAUGCAUUUGCUGCUCCUGAUCAUGGCUGGAGGUGGCCCACGUUAUGCUUGAAUGCAAUAAAGUUUUGAACAUUGCUGACAAUA